CCACGGAGCCCGCUGCUGCAGCGCCCUGCUCGCCCGCCCAGCCGCCCCCGAGGGAACCGCGACUUCCAGCCUGCUCAAGAUGCUCCGCGUCUUGUCCCCACAACUGGGUGGCCUCCUGGAUGUGCUCACCUGGGCUGCGAUGUCACUCCUGGGUUACUGGCAUCGCCUCCCGGUAGCUGUGAUGAUGAGGAGGCGGCAGAGGAGGAAGAGCAGUGGGCUGGCCCGCCCAUGCCACGGCUUGGCCACCCCGCUCCCGGCACAUCAGGAAGCCCCUGAGGAAGGAGAGGAUUUUGCAGCUGGUGCCGCUGCGUCCCAGGGGCCAGCCCCCCAUUGGGGAGAAGGAGAGAAUUCAGGGGGAAGCCCCCAAGCUCCUUCUAUGUCCCAUGACCAGGAGGAGGGAGUGAACUGUGGGGAAGAGGCCAUGGCCUGGCUGGAGAUGGAGGAACAUCUGGAGGAGGUUGGAGAUGGUCAGAAGCAACCUCAGGAUGGUCCAUCCUGGUCCCCGCAGUACAGGGAAUGUCACAGGGCUGGUGGAAAACCUGAAGGAGGCCUCAAGCCACCUGGGGGAGACACCCCCAGCUGCCCACAGGGUGGCACAGACCUGGGGCACCCCGUCACCAGGAACCCCCAUGUCCUGUCCUUGUUCUACUGCCCCUCGGAGGAGGAGGACGACGAUGACACUGGAGACUGGCCCAGCGAGGAGGAGGGAGAUGAUGGAGGGGGCUGCUUGGGCGCAGACUGGACUGAUUCAGAGGAGCCGGAAGAUGACGCCUGGCGUGAGGAGAACGAAGCGCUGUGGGGGACCCUGUGCCGUGGGCAGGACCCCUUCAACCCGCUACGCUUGGCUGGGGCCCCCCCGGGCCCCACCCCGCCACGGCCCAAGAACCAGGAAUUCCGGGUUUCCUUCUACCUCCGCGGGUCAGAUUCUGAGGCUGAAAAAGAAGGGGACCCCUGGAAACCCCCAGAGAAGCCCUGGCCUAUGAGACAGGGUGUCCCUAGUAGGACUCGGUGCUGUGAGCUGGGAGCCGGCGACCCCAUCAAGGUGGAGACCUCGAACUCUGAGGGCAACCGGACAGCUAAGAAGGUUCGAUUCUCCCCCGUUGUCACUGUGCACCCCCUGUUGGUCUGGGCCUUUGCCAGCCAGGCUGCCCGCCGGGGGCCCUGGGAGGAACUGGCCCGGGACCGGAGCCGCUUUCACCGGCGCAUUGAGCAGUUGGGGGCCAUCCUAGGGCCCUGCCUGGAGCCAGGACACCGGGCCCGAGCCUGGAGGAGGAUCCACGGGGCAGCCCCGGAGCCAGCAGGACAGGAGAUGCCCUUCCCCUUCCACGAGGGAAAGGAGGGGCAAGGGACACAGGACAUGUCUCUCCAGCUCUGCUCUGAAAGGAUGGAGGACCCAGGUGUCCGGGAGGGACAGGCUGGGAAGCACACGCCCCUCCCCUCUGAUUAUAGGGGAGUGGAGGACCCAGGCAUCCGGGAUGGAAGACUGGGUUAGGGGCACAAACUGUCUU